GCGCAGACUGAAGCAGAUGCGGACGAUUUGGAAGCCGUGGAGGUGGGACGAAGGGCCUGUCGUACCGCACGGCCAGGGUUGGCGCUGGCGCUGCCCUUGGGCGGCCUUUGCUUUUUGCUUGCCGUGGUCUUCAUGAGCCCGCAGAUGUUGAUGGUGAAGUCGAAUUCUGCGCAGAGUGUGCAGAAAUCGGAGGUGGAAGGAAAGGCCAACAAGACCACGGCCCCGCCGGUCCCCGAGUGCAAGAACUGCACGGGCUGCGGCGAUCAGCGCGAAUGCCUCCGCAUCGUGGACGCCUUCUUCGAGACCGCUCCCAGGGGCAGCAUCGGGCUCUACAGGACCUAUGCCCAGAAGUUGAAUGGAGGUGACUGUCCUUUGUGCGACUUGUCACCCGACUUCGAAUCCCUCAGGAAGCGUUGUGAUGUCUACGACAAUGCCGUGGCGGCCAUUUAUUUGACGAAGCGGGGAAGACUCGACGAGGCCCAGAAGAUUUUGGAGGUCUUCCUACGUUUGAUGUACCCCACCGACUUCAAGAACAUCUACCCGGAGCAGCUCUACGGUGGGGCACCGUCGGGGCGCACGCUGACGCUGCUGGCUGCGGCGUACGAGUGCGACACUGAGGUCGCUGCGGGGACUUAUGCGUUGCCCCAGGUCUUUGAUGGUGGAGUGGACAGCGGCAACAAUGCUUGGGCAGCCAUGGCCUUCGCACACUAUGCAGCAGAGAGCGGCAAGGGCUGCUUCCGCGCAGCGGCGGAGGACUUACUUCACGCCCUCGGCAUGGGCGGGGCGUGUUUGGAUGACCUGGGUGGUUUCCUUGGACGUUUGCCUCCCGCCCGUGGACACCAACGGUCCUUGGAGCACAAUAUCGACCUCUUCGCUCUCAGUGGAAUGCUACAGAAGUGGGAUUCUCAAGAACGUGCAAGGAAGUUUGUCAAGAGCAUGUACGGGAAAAACAAGGACUACCCCGACGCCUACAAUGUGGGCACCAUCGGCGCCGACGUGUGCGAUGGACGGUUUGCACAGGGUGAUGGCGUUCCUGCAGAUGGGCAGUUUUGGAAUCUGCUGGCGGAGGUGGAUAACCACGCAGACCGGGUGGGCAAGUCUGUGAGCUGGGUCAUCUAUUCGGAUUGGCUCUGGGAUUUCGACCAGGACAGCUUGUCCGGUUUGAGCCCGGCGCCCACGCUCCAUGGCGCACGCUUCACCUCCAAAGGCUUCGGCAUCCAAUUCGAGGAGACGGCGGGCGCCGUGAUCGCGUUGAACCACUUCCUAUACUUUCGAGCCUCGGGCAGUGAGGAAGGCUUCAAGAAGCAGAUGAAGCUGCGGCUGAAUGCCAGCAGGACCUCCUUGCGCACCCUCUUGAAGACCUACGGCGCGGUGCCGGCCUCCGUGCGCGGCGGCAACGGCGACGCCUACAACGAGCGCAACGCCUACGCGGCCGAUCCUGGUGGAUCGGACACGGGGAUGGGCUUCCCCUACUUACGGAUGAUCCAUGUGGCCUCGACGGCUUGGACGGGGCUGGCCAUGAUCUACCAAACCAGUGAUGAGGAUGAAAUCUCAGUGGCAGGGAACCCCAUGAAGCUUUCCAAGAGCUUGCCGCCGACAGAUAGCUAUUGUCUGCCAAAUCAGGACACUCCUGCCAAGAAGCGGCUUAUUCGAGUUGCAGGUGGCUCGCCCUACGGAGUAGGCCGCGUGGAGAAGCUCGAGAAGGACAAGGAGAUUCUGCAAGUUGAUCUGGCCAAAGCUUUGGCGCGCAACGACGUGCUCACAGCGGGCAAGGCCGCAGUGGAGGAUGGGCAGCUGAGAAGCUUGCAGGCGGAGUGCGAAGCGUUGAAGGAUGAGGUCACCAACAAGGAUGGCCAGAUCAUUCUGCUGCGAAGUCAGUUGGAAAUCGCCGACAGGAAAUUGCGGCUCUCAGACAUGGAGAAUGCCAUGUUGAAGAGCGAACUAGAGUUGCGAAAGCGCAGUGCCUCUUCUCACAGCUCCUGA